AUUUUCUUUCUUACCCGAAUUUUACUAAUUGACUUGCACAGCCGCAGACAGAGGAAGGAGAGAUGGAAGCCCUUGCAGUGUUUGGUGGAAGCAGUGGUUUUGUCACUGUCAGUGUCACACCCUCUCUUGUACGCUCACCAAAACCAACCAAAAGGACUAUCACCUCAUCCUCCAUACCCAACCGGCCACUAUUACGCGCCACCCAUCACCAACACUUAGCAGCAUUUCCUUCAAAAUUCCAUCUUUUCUCACAUCACCAACUUUCUACUUCUCCUCCCUAUGCUAAAACCCUCAGCACCAAAAGCACCACAAACCCUGGCAUUUUCCUUCCUCACUUAAUUGCUUCUCUGCAACAAGUUGACCAAACUUACAUAAUGGUGAAGCCUGAUGGUGUGCAACGUGGCCUCGUGGGAGAAAUUAUUUCUAGGUUUGAGAAGAAGGGGUUUAAGUUAACAGGCUUGAAGCUCUUCCAGUGCUCAAAAGAAUUAGCUGAGGAGCAUUACAAGGACCUAAAAGAAAAGUCAUUCUUCCCUAAGCUGAUUGACUAUAUUACUUCAGGACCCGUUGUGUGUAUGGCAUGGGAGGGUGUUGGGAUAGUGCCAUCAGCACGUAAGCUUAUAGGGGCUACAGAUCCUCUUCAAGCUGAACCGGGCACAAUAAGAGGAGACCUUGCUGUUCAAACAGGAAGGAAUAUUGUUCAUGGUAGUGACAGCCCCGAGAAUGGCAAGCGUGAAGUAGCUCUAUGGUUCAAGGAAGGCGAAUUAUGCGAAUGGACUCCUGUCCAAGCACCAUGGCUAAGAGAAUAAUACAUCACAGAUGCCCGAUUACAAUGAUACAUGCAGUUUCUAAGUUCAAUAAUUUGAUCAAUUGUUUUCAGUUGUCAAUGUAGCACUGCAUUUUGAGAAGUUUUGCUUGAUUUAGAUUCAUGUCAAAACCAAUUUCUUUUUCCAUCAUAUCAAAAUUGAAAGGGGCAUGCUGUGUUACCUGAAGUGCCACUGCAACAGACACUAGAAACCAAAGAGUUGCAAUUAAAGAAAA